GCGGUUUUUACCACGUGACUCUUGCACAUAAACGAACAGACAAUGGCGGAUGCAAGUCAAUAUAAUUAUUCAGCUGGAGGAGCACCAAACUACAACUAUGGUAGUUACGGAGCAACAGCAGCCGACUCAACAGCUACAUAUCAACAGUAUGGUCAGACACAACAACCACCAACACAACCGGCUGGUUACCAGCAGGCAGGUUACACAGGAUAUGAUGCUAGUGCUUAUGGACAAACAGCACAACCAGCAGCUACUCAGGCAGCAGGUUAUGGACAGACCGCUACUUACGGACAAACAACUGCACAAGCAGCACAAGGAGGUGGUCAGGCUUAUGGAGUUGCAGGGUAUGGACAACAACAGUAUGCAACAACAGAUCAAUCAGCUUAUGGAGUAACACAGCAACAAGAUGGUGCCUCACAGUAUGGUCAGCAAGGAUACCAACAAAAUACCUCAUCAUAUGGGUCUUCAGGAGGUUACGGAGGACAGACCACUACCACUGGCUAUGAACAACAGUCUGGUGGUUACGGUGGCCAGACUGGUGGCUAUGGUGGGGGUAGUGGUGGUGGUGGUGGUGGUGGUGACUAUGGAUCACAAGGAGGUGGUAGCUCUUAUGGCAGUGGAGGAGGAUCAGGUGGAUACGGGGGUUCUGGUGGAUCCUACGGAAGUGGAGGGGGAGGAGGAGGGGGUUAUGGUGGAGGAAGAGGAAGAGGAGGAGGAGGCGGUGGAGGCAGGGAUGGAGGAGGAGGAGGAUACGGAGGAGGUGGUAGUCGUGGAGGGUACAGCAGAGGUUUUGGUGGUGGUGACAGAGGUGGAGACAGAGGAGGUGCUGGUGAAAUGACAGAAAUGAUAGAUACUAUUUUUGUAACUGGAUUGAAUGAAGCCAUCACUGAAGAUGCCCUUGUUAAUCAUUUUGGAAGUAUUGGUGUCAUCAAGAUGGACAAAAGAACUGGUAAACCAAAGGUAUGGAUCUACAAAGAUAAAAUGUCUGGUAAACCAAAAGGAGAAGCAACCAUCACAUAUGAUGAUUCUGCUACAGCACAGGCAGCUAUCAACUGGUUCAAUGAAAAAGAUUUUGAUGGCGGUAUUAUCAAGGUUGAAAUAGCUAGAAGAGUACAGAAGAGCUUUGAUACAAGAGGAGGAGGCCGAGGUGGCGGUGGAAGAGGUGGAGGUGGAGGCAGAGGAGGUGGAGGCCGAGGUGGUGGCGGUGGAUUUGGAGGAGGAAGAGGUGGUGGAAGUGAUCGAGGAGGUGGAAGUGGUGGACCUUCCAGAGAUGGUGACUGGACCUGUCCCAACGGUGAUUGUGGGAACAACAAUUUUGCCUGGAGAGACAGUUGUAACAGAUGUAACACAGCCAGACCAGAAGGAAUGGGUGGUGGAGAUGGUGGUGGUCGAGGACGUGGUAGAGGAGGAUUCGGUGGUGGAAGAGGUGGAGAUAGAGGACGAGGUAGAGGUGGAUUUGGUGGGGAUAGAGGUGGACGUGGAGGAUUUGGUGGUGGCCGAGGGGGCGGUGGUUAUGGAGGAGAUAGAGGUGGACGUGGUGGUGGUGGUAGAGGAGGCGGUGGAUUUGGAGGAGGAAGAGAUCGAGGAGGCAGACCUGACAGACCUGGAGGUGAUAGGGGAGAUAGAAGACCAAAGCCAUACUAAAUCAUUAGACAUUGACUUGAACAUGACUUUUAUUGUUGUCCAGAUUUUAUCUGUUUUACUAUGUUUUUUUUAUCAUCAUGGAGAUUUGCCAGCCAUUGUCAUUAAAACAUCAACAUCAUUCAAUUAUACUUAAGAUAUCAUGAGUAAAACUUUUAUAUUGUA